AUGGAGGGGACGUCGAGGCUGGGAGGGCGCCCAGUGCAGAGCCUGAGGCAGGAGCAGUCAAGGUGUGCUAAAGGCAGCAAGGCGUCUGCUGCACCUCCACAGAUGAGUGUGUGUGUGUACACUGGCAUGUCUGUGUGUACGGCCAGUAUGCACAAGCGUGUGGGUGUGUUCGUGGGAAUCUUUUUUGUUUCUCUGUUGGAAACAAGCAUUUCGGCACGACUAAUCAUGUGUGCCUACUUCUGGCGGCUCAGCAGUAAGAACUGCCAAAACGGAUGGCAACUGGAAGGAGGAACUGUGAGGACCUUGUCCCUGCUUCCAUCGCUCCUUCUCCUCCUCCUGAUUGUGGUGACAGCAUCUUGCACAGAAACAGAAAACUGUGAGAAUGUCCAAAAGACUUGCCCUGUGAUUGCCUGUGGUUCUCCAGGCAUCAGCAGCUUCCCAGGCAAAGAUGGGCAUGAUGGUGCCAAGGAAGAAAAGGGAGAACCAGGCCAAGGACUCAGAGGCUUGCAAGGCCCUCCUGGAAAGGCAGGGCCUCAAGGAAUCCCAGGGACUCCUGGGUUACCAGGACCAGUGGGCCAAAAAGGAGACCCUGGAGAUGAUUUGGUUGACCAUAUUACCCUGGCUGCUUCAGAAAGAGCAGCCCUGCGAUCAGAAUUGGACCGUAUCAAAAAGUGGCUGAUCUUCUCUCAGGGCAAACAAGUUGGGAAGAAGUUCUUCCUCACCAAUGGUAAAAAGAUGACCUUUGCUGCAGUGAAGGCUCUGUGUGCCCAGUCCCAGGCCUCUGUGGCCACCCCUAUGAACGCUGAAGGAAACAAGGCCAUCCUGGAGUUAGCCAGUGCAGAGGCCUUCCUGGGCAUCACAGAUGAGAAGCCUGAAGGCCAGUUUGUGGAUCUGACAGGAAGGGAGUUAACCUACCAAAACUGGGAUAGUCAUGAGCCCAACAACGCUGAUUCUGGGGAAGACUGUGUGAUCAUCUUGAAAAACUGCAAGUGGAAUGACAUCACCUAUUCCUCCUCCUUCUUGGCUGUCUGCGAGUUCCCUGCCUGA